AUGACCACCCGAUAUAGAGUCGAGUACGCCCUCAAGACUCAUCGGAGGGAUCAGCUCAUAGAAUGGAUCAAGGGCCUUUUGGCGGUUCCCUUCGUACUGAAUUCCAAGCCAGCCGCCGCUUACGAGGAGCAUGUCGACUCCCACACCAGUACAAUGGCCAACAUGGCCAGGUCAGCCCAUCAGCGAUAUGCUGAUAUCUUUCGCGACGUGGAGGAUCUGAUCAGUGACCAUAUCGUCCACCAAGCCAACACACCUCCUGGCUUCAAGCCUCGGUCUAAACUAUCUAUGCUGGUCCCAAGCAUAAGCACCUUCUUCACGCCACUCGCUUUAGAAGACGCCUUCAAGCACGAAGAUGCGCUUCGAGCAAUAUCAAGCCGCCGCUUCGUACCACCGUCAUUCAAUGACAUCCGCCUCAUCCUCAACACAGCCCAGAUCUUGUCUUUGGUCAAGCCUCAACACCCUAGCAGAGACAACUCCUCUCUUACACCAGGACCUUCACAACUGAAACUGCUCACUUUCGACGGAGACGUCACACUCUAUGAUGAUGGCGCUAGUCUGAUCUCACGGGAGAAAGAUCCAGUCAUCGACCGGCUGAUCUACUUUCUCUCACGCGACGUCCGUAUUGGCAUCGUUACAGCCGCCGGCUACACCGAGCCGAAGAAUUACUUCGCCCGCCUGUCCGGCCUGUUACUUGCGAUUCGCUUCGACUCAACCCUAACGCCACAGCAGAAGUCUAAUCUAAUAAUUAUGGGAGGCGAAAGCAAUUUCCUCUUCGUGUACGAUGACUCCGCUGAUCACUUCCUCCGGCACAUCCCACGCCGCGAGUGGAUUCUCGAAGCCAUGCACGACUGGAACGAAGCGGCCAUACAACAGCUUCUAGACGUCGCUGAAGGCGCCUUCAAAUCAUGCAUCAAGACUCUCCAGCUCAAGGCCAAGGUCCUACGCAAAGAGCGCGCCGUCGGGAUCUAUGCCGCGGACCAAAGCGAGAAGCUCACACGCGAGCAGCUCGAAGAGACUGUCCUAGUCGUGCAGCAGGUCAUUGAGUCAUCCCGUCUUCCACCACUACCAACACUGCCGACGGUCAAUUCUAAAUCUGCCUCGCCGAAGGCCACUACUUCGUCAUCAGAGCCACCAUCUCAUGCCCAUAUCCCCUUCACCGUCUUCAACGGUGGCGCGGAUGUGUUCCUUGAUAUCGGCGACAAGAGCUUGGGAGUUCAGGCAUGUCAGAAGUGGUUCGGUGGGAUCUUGCCGAGCCAGACGUUGCACGUGGGUGAUCAGUUCUUGUCCGGCGGUGGGAAUGAUUUCAAGGCCAGGAGUGCAUGUUGUUGUGCGUGGAUUGCGAGUCCGACUGAGACAGUGGGCUUGUUGGAUGCUAUUAGGGAGCUUGGCGGGUGA